AUGUCCCUCACGGCCAAGCCGUCGUCUCAAAUCAGUAACACUAGCACAUCUCAGUUCGGUAUCUGUUCACCCCUAGUAGACCCUCUUUUCCAGGACCUCGGGCCGCGAGAUGCGCGAUACAUCUACCAUUUCGACCAGGUUUUCUGCAAGGAGAUCGUCAUCUAUGAUAUCCGCGAUCAGAAUCCCGUUCGUCAGUUGCUGGCUUAUCUGGGCGCGUAUCCCAUGCUGCGCGAGGUGUUUGUCGCCACCUCCGCUUGCCAUUUGUAUUACCUGUCGCCGGUGCAUGCGCGCUCGGAAACCGUCUAUCGCGAUGCAUUGGUCGCCAAGCAGAAGGCCUUGCGUCUUUUGAACCAGGCCAUAUCGGACCUCGCCUCUGCUGAUAUCGACCUUAUCGUCGCGGCUAUCCUCGUCCUCAUGUAUCUCGAGUUCAUCGACUCCGGGACCGACGUCUGGCGCAUUCAUCUCGAGGGCGCAAAGCGUCUGAUUAACUGUCUCCGACGGCAGACGGGGUCGUCAGCUAUCUCAUUCCCUGCACGGGUUCUUCGUCGAUGGCUCAUCUCGGAAUUAUUGGUGUACUUCUCCUCUACCACUCAACCGUUCAAUUGUCCAUGA